AGCAUCAAAAUUACAAAAAACCAAAAUUUCCCCGGCGGGGCUCGAACCCGCGACCUUCGGCUCAUAAGACCAACGCUCUAACCAACUGAGCUACGGGGAAUGACUGGUAGUUUAGUUCCAUUUAUUUAUAUAUUCGAUUAAUGCUAUUAUUACUCGUUUGAUAGGUUAGACUCUGAAACAAAUCUUGGAAGGAAAUUCAUCAAAAACAAUCCGCUGACAAUAAGAGAUCAAAUAGACGUCAUUACAAAUUUACAUGAUCCUCGAGUGUGUCUAUUGACGUCCAUCUUCGAACUCCCAAGAUUCCAUCUAUGUCAACACGAGACCAAGUCUGUUUCCUUUUAUCAUUUAUGAUCAUCAUCAAGUUUAAGCUAACAUUAAAGAUCUUCGACUUCUUAUCAAUCUGCAAUGAGUAGCUACCAACAACAGUCUCCUUCUUCUUCAAUAGUAUAAUAAGAUUCAACAUCGUAUUUAGUCUGUUGUCCUAUUUGUGUUCGUAUCUUAACAAUGAUGAAGGUUUGGACAUGAACCAAAAUAAUUUGGAAAAUUCGAUCACAAUAGGUUAUAUGAUAGAAACAUGGGAUGGUUAGAACCAUGUCACAAUUAGCAGUUUGUAUAGUCUCAAAAUGUAUUAAAUAAAACAGAAUAAUUAGUUUAUGGUUAGUUUACUUGUAUGAUUACUCAGCAUAUUGAAUCAGUUUGGUGAACCACUAGUUGUAGUAAGCAUGAACUUUUGCAUAGUAUAUAUGAAUGAGAUAAAGCAAAUUAUAAAUUAUAACAAAAUAGUAAUGUUGUUAGAAUAACAUAAUUCUAGAGGGAGUAUAUUUAUAUAUAGAAAGCUUUGAAUAAUCAAUCGGAAAGAAUAUUUGAAUAGCGAUUAAGUAGUUGAUUUUACUCGAUUCAUUCUUCGGUUCUUUUCAUUCAUUUCCAGAUCAUACCAAAUUAUGUUCAUCGAUAAACAGUGCUAACGUAUGUGUUCAGUUUUACACGUUUACACAUAAAAAUCUAUAAGAGGAUGGAUGGAUCGAUCAAGUAGAGUGUGAUAGUGAUCAAGUAGAGUAUGAUAGUGAUUAAAGCUUUUCAAAACAACUCGACACUUCACGUAGUGAUAGUGAGUAGUCACGGUUGUCUGAUCUUGUGUUAGGCUAAGCAAAGAUAGUGAGAGGUAUAUUAAAAUCUCUAUGCACACCUCUCGUGAUUUCUCUGUAGCUUCUAACAAUAAAUGAAAAUUUAAAAUAUCCGACCCGAUCAUAAUUGUAUACGACCCGGAUCCGAUCCGUCAACAGAUCGUAGGGCCCAAAAUUUAAAUCCUCUCUCUUCAUGUGCAUGUGCGUCUCUUCUUCUUCUUCUUCGUCUGUACGCGCGGUUACCUGAAAAAUCUCCGAUCUACAAUGGCGGCGUAUAGAGCUGACGACGAUUACGAUUUCCUCUACAAGGUGGUCCUGAUCGGAGACUCCGGCGUCGGCAAAUCCAACCUCCUCUCUCGCUUCACCCGCAACGAGUUCAGCCUCGAGUCCAAAUCCACGAUCGGCGUCGAGUUCGCCACCAGAAGCAUCCGCGUCGACGAAAAAGUCGUCAAGGCUCAGAUUUGGGACACCGCCGGCCAAGAAAGGUACCGAGCGAUCACGAGCGCGUACUACCGAGGAGCCGUAGGAGCGUUCCUUGUCUACGACGUUACGCGGCGCGUGACGUUCGAGAACGUCGAGAGGUGGCUCAAGGAGCUCAGAGACCACACCGACGCCAACAUCGUCUGUAUGCUCGUCGGCAACAAGGCUGACUUGCGUCACCUACGAGCCGUUUCAACCGAAGACGCUACGGCCUUUGCGGAGAGAGAGAACACUUUCUUCAUGGAGACAUCAGCGCUCGAAGCUUUGAACGUCGAGGACGCUUUCACUCAAGUGCUUUCUCAGAUAUACCGCGUGGCGAGCAAGAAAGCGUUGGAUGUUGGUGGAGACGAUCAUGCUGCGUUGCCUAAAGGGCAGAGUAUUAACGUUGGGGGUAAGGAUGAUGUCUCUGAGGUCAAGAAGGUUGGUUGCUGCUCAAGUUGAUGUGUUUCCUUGUAAUGUUUUGAAUCUAUUUUUUUUUCACGUUAUCAUAUUCAACAAUCUAUGAACAAAGAACAUAAAAUAAAAAACUUCAGGGGCCAACCAAAGAAAGCAUGUACAGUUUUUUUUUAUAGUCACUAAGCCAAUCUUAGCUAUAGAUUGUAACACAAGCUAAGUGCAUUUUUUUACAGAACUUGGGGCUUUGAAACU